CCUGCUGGUGCGCGCCGCGGUCGGGGCGGGCUCGAGCUCCAGCCAUGCUGUUCUGGCACACGCAGCCGGAGCACUACAACCAGCACAGCUCGGGCAGCUACCUGCGGGAUUUGACUAGUGCUCUUCAAAGGGAAAAUGAUGUGCUCGCUCUGCCCAUCUUCAAGCAGGAGGAACCCCAGUUGUCUCCUGAGAACGAGGCCCGCCUGCCUCCUCUGCAGUAUGUGCUGUGUGCCGCCACUUCCCCAGCUGUGAAGCUGCAUGAGGAGACACUGACCUACCUCAACCAAGGUCAGUCUUAUGAAAUCCGACUGCUGGAGAAUCGGAAGUUGGGAGACUUUCAAGAUCUAAACACAAAAUAUGUCAAGAGCAUCAUCCGCGUGGUUUUCCAUGACCGCCGGCUGCAGUACACUGAGCAUCAGCAGCUGGAGGGCUGGCGGUGGAGCCGGCCUGGGGACCGGAUCCUGGACAUUGAUAUUCCACUGUCUGUUGGUGUCUUGGAUCCCAGGGCCAGCCCAACCCAACUGAACACAGUUGAAUUUUUGUGGGACCCUUCAAAGAGAGCCUCUGCCUUCAUUCAGGUGCACUGUAUCAGCACAGAAUUCACCCCUCGGAAGCACGGGGGUGAGAAGGGUGUGCCUUUCCGAGUACAGAUCGACACAUUUAAGCAGAACGAGAAUGGGGAGUACACGGAGCACUUGCACUCUGCCAGCUGCCAGAUCAAGGUGUUCAAGCCAAAGGGAGCUGACAGGAAACAGAAGACCGACCGGGAGAAGAUGGAGAAAAGAACCAUCCAAGAGAAGGAGAAAUACCAGCCGUCCUAUGAAACCACCAUCCUCACAGAGUGCUCCCCAUGGCCCGAAGUGGCCUACCAAAUGAACAGCGUUCCGUCCCCAAGCUACAACGGUUCUCCAAAUAGCUUUGGCGUUGGCGAAGGCAACAGCUCUCCAACGCACCCCGUGGAGGCCCUGCCCCUGGGCAGUGACCACCUGCUCCCGUCGGCCUCCAUCCAGGAUGCCCAGCAAUGGCUCCACCGCAACAGGUUCUCGCAGUUCUGCCGGCUCUUCUCCAGCUUCUCGGGUGCUGACUUGCUGAAGAUGUCUCGAGAUGAUUUGGUCCAGAUCUGUGGGCCUGCAGAUGGAAUUCGGCUCUUCAAUGCCAUCAAAGGCAGGAAUGUGAGGCCAAAGAUGACCAUCUAUGUCUGUCAGGAGCUGGAACAGAAUCGAGCUCCCCUGCAGCAGAAGCAGGAUGGUGGUGGGGACACCAGUCUAUGUGUGUACCAUGCCAUCUUCCUGGAAGAGCUCACGACCUUGGAGUUGAUUGAGAAGAUUGCCAACCUGUACAGCAUCUCCCCCCAGCACAUUCACCGAGUGUACCGGCAGGGACCCACGGGCAUCCACGUGGUGGUGAGCAAUGAGAUGGUGCAAAAUUUCCAAGAUGAAUCAUGUUUUAUCCUCAGCACCUUAAAAGCCGAGAGCAAUGACGGCUACCACAUCAUCCUGAAAUGUGGCCUCUGAGCAGAAGUAGAGGUGCAGCUGUUUUCAACUCUCAGCCCCACGGACCCCUUUGGAUGUAGAGAUUGCCCCACUGUAAGCUGCGACUUCACCCAGCAAGCUGAGGCUGGGAGGGACCUUGCCUGACCUGUGAAAGCUACAGACCAGCAACCAGCAGAAGCCCUCGGAUGCACAGUCUCUGGAGCAUAGAAAGCCAGUGACUCGUCUGUCCCUUCCUCUUGGCCUCCAGCUUUGAGCGGUCCCAUGUUCUUCUCCCCAGCCCCGCCAUUCUAAAGAGGCAAACAUGGGAGGCAAAGAUCUCUAAGCCCCCUCACACCCUUAAUUGGCAACUAGUUCACUGGGUAACUGGGUGCCGCCGGUAUUGGUUCCUUCCGACCGCUCCUACCACCGGAGAAGAGCCUGUCUCGCCCCAGCCUUCGCCUGCUCCGGGCGCGGGCUCUGUGAGCACACUACUGCCUGGAGGGGGGCAGUUGGCCCCGUCCUCCCGUCUUCAUGUUGCUGCCCCCUCAGUGACCCUCUGCGCACCUGUCUUUCCCAGACUCGCACAGGUUGAUGGGCGUGGCUUUACUCCGUGCCUUCUGCUUCUUUCGCUGUUACCCAUUCCCUAGGGUCUGUGUGUGCAGAGCCCAGAGGUGGGCUCACAUCUCUGUGCUGGAGGGACACACAGCACAGGGCCCGGCAGGGACAGCCGCACAGACCCAGUUCUCCCAGGCCCCCGGGCAGGAGAGGGGCUAGGAAGACUGUCUUCAGGCACAUGCUCGUGAGUCUUAGAGGGAUGGGAACAAAAUGAUUCCUCUUGAGUGCCUUUGGUAUGUUUCCCCCCCACACACCCCAGUCACCUUGGGAAAGGAGAACUAAGAAAUGGGUACCUUGUUGAUCAGCUGAUACCACUUCCUCUUGGAGGGCCUGCGCCAAGUCCUGCUUAGGUAAUCACUAUGAAACUUGCCAGGUUUCCCAGGAACAUAGAUUUCCUGUGAGGACCCCACCGCAUUUACACGCUUAUCUUUUUUCAUUCAUAGUGUGCGUGUGAAGGGCAUGUCUGUGUGGCCACGUGGGGUCACCUUCCUUCCUGUUACCAGCUGGGGGUAGUUGGUAGGCUCCAGGGUCACUCCUGGUCUUGCCUGUUACCUUGCCAGUGAUCCAUCCGGGACCAGCAGGGAUCGCUCAGCACUUUCUAAUUUGGGUUCAUUUUCCAAAGCAUGGUGAAGUCAUAUGACCAAAGAGCAGGAUUUCCUGGCUCCUGGAGUGGGGCUUUUGGGGAACAUAGUGCUGGUGUCAAAGACCAUCAGAACUGGGAGACCUUGUUUGAUAGGCGGGGAAACUCAAGUCCAGAAGGCAAAACCAGCUGCCUGAUGUCACACGGCGACAGGGUUGUGAUGGAGACCUGUCACGUCAGCCAGGACACUGCGGAGAGGGCGGGCGCCUGUUGGUGAUGGUGGUGGGAGACAGGUGUGGUGUUUUCACAGUGUAAUCAUAGGCUCUUAAUAUCUUCUCCUCUCUUGGAGGGUGGGGUGGAAGGGCGUGGGUGACAGCUAUACUGAAAUAUAGUUCACAUCCAUACAGUUUACACAUUUAUAGUAUAUAAUUCUAUGGCUUUUGAUAAACUCACAGAAUCAGCAGUCAGUUUUAGAACAUUUCUAUCACCCUCCACAGAAACCCUGCACCCUUUAGCAAUCACUUCCUACCUUCCUUUCUGCCUCCCUUAGUUCUAGGCAACCGUGAACCUACUUCCCAUAUAGAUUUACCUAUUCUGGACAUUUCAUUUAUAUGCAGUCAUAUAAUGGUCUUUUGUGCUGGCUUCUUUCACUUUGCCUAAUGUUUUCAAGGGCCAUCCAUGUUGAACAUGGCAAUCUUUUUUAUAGCUGAAUAGUAUUCCAUUGUAUGGAUAGGCCACAUUUUGUAUACCUACUUGUCAGUUGAAGGCUAUUUGAAUUGUUUCUACUUUUUGGUUAUUAUGAAUAAUGCUGCUAUGAACAUAUUUGUACAAGUUUUUGUGUGCAUAUAUGUUUUCAUUUCUUUUGGGAAUAUGCAUUGGAAUGGAACUGCUGGGUCAUAUAAUAAUAACUCUGUUUAACAUUUUGAGGAAUUGCCAGAUUAUUUUCCAAAGCAGUUACACCAUUUUACAUUAUUAUCGGCAGCGUCAGAGGAUUCCACUUCCUCGACAUUCUCACUAACACUUGCUAUUAUCUGUCUUUUCCAUUAGACCUUAGUGGGUGGGAAGUGGUGUCUCAUUGUGGUUUGGAUUUUCAAUUCCUGAUAGCUGAUUGUGUUGAGCAGCUUUUCAUGUGCCUGUUGUCCAGUGUCUUUGCUGUGGGUUCCGAAUCCAGAGGUCUGGGCCUCAUGGGCCAGGCAGUUCCUCCAUCCCAUGUGUUGUAGGUCUUCUCCAUGGCAGCAGCAAUUUAAAAAAAAAAAGUGAUCCCCAGAGGACAAGAAGAUAUUGCCCCGUCCUCAGGCCACCUCUUGAACCAGAAUCCCUAAGGCCAUCAUGCUUCUUUGUUGGGCAAGAGUUGCAAGGUUGUGAUGAACCUUUUCCUGUUUACCAAGUUGCACCUUUAUAAUCAAGACAUGAGGCUUUUGAGUGGGAGAGCAAUAGGAUCAGGUGAUCAGAUUGGGCUGGGGAGUUGGAAGUCUUGGCUUGGGGUCCUAAGCAAAGGUCAGGGAGUGCCCUGGUGACCUGCCCAGGCAGCCUGAGGCCCCUUGGAUAAAGCUGUUAACCCAAUGGGAGUUUCACUGGCUGCGGAGUGGAGCUGACCGAGCAGUGUGCCACAUGUUUCCAGGUCCAGCGUGGCUUCAGGGGCUGGUCUGAGUAACUUAGGUCAGAAAAUCAUUAACAAGUUAGUGGGGGGAAAAAAUGCAAAAGCCUAUUUUGCAGUUGUCAGUAGAGCAGAGGGAGGAAGCCCUAGGGCAUUUGAGAAGGUAGAAAAGCAGAGGAUGGGGGUGGGAGCCUCCAGUGGCAUUGAUGAUAAAAGGUUGAUCCCCUGAGGUGCUGGAGAUGUUGACAGGGACAAGAGUCACAGGUCCUAGGGCCCCAGACCAGUUCUUUUUUAUUUUUUUUAUUUUUUGAGACCAGACCAGUUCUUGACAUGAGUCUCUGCCUCUGGGUCAGCCUCCUCUCCUCCCUUAAGAUAAGGACACUGGGAGUGGCUCAAUCCUGUGGUGAAUCUGAGAGCUGAGGAGCCUUUGUCAUUUUCCCCUCCAUCAAAGUCUUCCCAUGGACAGAUCAUGUGUGUGCACGUCUUGGUUGUACAUAGAUCCACUUAUGCGUUCCGAUCAGCCGGGAUGCGCACUGCAAGACUGCGUGCAUCUUGACACAGGCAUAGACUCUUGGUCAUGUCUUUAAGAAGCAAGUCUAGCUCGGAAUAACUGGGCUGAAUAUUGCAUUUGUAUGUUUGCAGUGGCCACAGGGCAUUCCCGGGUGACCUGAGGGUGGAAGCUCUGUUGUGUUGAGCAGCUCUGCAGCAGCGAUGCUGCUUGGGGGUUAGUGUGUGCACAGGAGCCCCACCGCUCCUCGGUCUGGGAUGUGCUCAGUCCAUCUUGACUGAUGUGGUCAAGCUGUUCCCUUAGGUGGCACUCCUAGUUCAGGCUCUAUUGAUGAAGCUAUUUCGGGUAAAGGUGCUCUAGUUGGGGGGAACCUACAACUUAAGUAAGUCCAGCUCUUCCAGGGAGGGGCACCGGGCUGGCAGCUGACAUCUGACAAGGACUAAAAGCAAGCCCAUGGAGGUGUCCUCACACAUGCACCUUGCAUCCACUUUCUCCCCUCUAGUCACCACUCUGAUUCUGUCAGUCAGUAGGAAAUGUUUGCACACCAACUCUGGUUGCCAACCAAGCCCCUUCCCUUUGCCCUUUGGGAACAGAGCAGUGGGAGCUUCAGGCAGGGCCUGGCGUAGAGACAUGAAGGUUCAGUGAAACCUGCUGGGACCUGGGGGCAGCGAGGAUUCUGCUCAGGGCCCUUGGGCCUCCUUCCUGGGAUCCACUCAGGGACGUUCCUAGAGCUCCUUCCUGCUUCUGCUAAACUGUCCAGACCUCUUUGCAAAGACUCCUGGGCUUUUCUCUCUCCCCUCCCCUGAGGGUGGGAAAGCAGACAGGUCUGAAUGGUGUGUCAGUGGCCCAGGGCUGGACCGGGCAUGACCUCGCCUUGCUCGCCCCCUCUCCAACUGCCAUGUUAGGAACCUUCUGGGGCAGUGUCUCCAUAGCUUUGAGGGGUGGAUUAGCUUCUCUCCAGGGCAGCUGAUGGGAUGGAGGGGACUGACUGGCUUGCCAUCUGGGCAAGCAAACUAGUCGCCUUGCAAAGGGGCAGUGUGGGCAGCCAUUCUCAGGCCCCACAUCCCGAGGAGCCUUGUGGGUGAGCUUAGCUGCAGAGAGCCAGAAGGUGACAGGGAGCCCUUUUAGCAGAACCAACCCCACUUGAUCACUUUUUAUUGCCCCCCUGACGGGUCUACACCCACUCAUCAGGGUCCAGACUGCAGCUACUGUCCCAGCUUACUCCAGCUCUGUGGUCUUCUUCGUGAUAGGGAACAUUACCUUGAGCCCAAUUAACUGUUGUCCCACCCCCCAAAUUUUUCUCAAUAGUAGACCUGUCUUACAAAGAAAUAUAUUCAAUUAUUAUCAACAAAAAAGUUACAGAAGUUACUCUUAUGCUGAUAAUAGUUUGCCUCUUUACCCUGAAAGCCUCAAGUGUCUGCUUUCCAGCCCUUUGUAGAUAACGUUUGCUAUCCGCUGAGCUAGAUCUCCGCCAUCUCUAGCCCUACUAGAUUAUUUUGAGGAAGAUCCCAGACAAUAAGGAUUUCUUUAAAUAAUAAAAGCAUUUUGUCUUGAGCUUUGGAGCAGGAGAAGCCUUCUGCUUAGCAGUCCAUGAGUCUCCCCUGCCUGUUCGUCUUGCUCUCAUUUGUCUGGAGGGACCUUCUCCAGCCCCAGCCCCUGUGGGUGACCGGCAGAGCUGAUCUUUCCCCCCCUCUUCCUGCCUGCCUUCCAUCCCUAGAGACAGGAGGGCCUUUGGGCUGGACCUUGCUCAGGGAGCCGCAUGUGGGGAGGUUCUGUGCUGGUGUUAAUGGGUCACUGAGUUGUGCUGGAUCGUGGCCUUCUUUCUGACCUGGGUGACCGCGACUUUUUGCCGUCCCCAGACAUGCCGCCUGACCUUCACCUCUUACUGGCACCUUGAGAACCUGGGAUCUCUUGGCUCCUCUAGGGUUCUAAAAUUCCUUCCCUCGUUCCUGCUGCUUUUCCUCCUGCGAAGGGAAAGGCUGGUGCUGCCUCAAGCUCGUGAUUGGGAGCUCCAGCCUUCCCUGAUGGUGUCACAGGCUCGAGUUGAGUUGCUGGGUCUGCCCUGGGGAGAAGCUGGCUACCUCCGAUGCCCUCCCCCUUGUUGAGGUCCAACUUGCAGCUGGGUGGUCCCACCCUCUGUUAGUUGGGUCGACCUUUUGGGGCCCUUGCUCCUUCCCUCCUGUGCAGGUGGCUGGGCGCCGCAGCCAGUCCUCCAUUAGAGACGUCCGUCGGAAUCAGCAGCGGCAGAACUGACUGGCCCUGCUGCUCGGGCCUUCCUCAGUGCUUUUGCCAUUGUCACAUCUGAUCCCCCACCCUGCUCUGGGUGUCCCCCAGCCCGGUUUUCCAGGUAAGGAAAUCAAGCCUGAGAAGUUAGAUCUGUCCAUCCCACACCCUCCCAGAUACGUGGGGGCGGUCCUUCAUGCUCAACUCCACUUUUCACCCUGAGACUCCGGUCACUGGGCUUAGUGCACCCCGGGAGCAGGGGGACAUCUGUGGAGCUUGGUUGUUAAAAGACAGAAAAGGGUUGUUUUGUAUGUCACUCCCCCCAGCCUCCCCCUUGCUGGGUAAAAACUUGGUUACUGUUUCCUCUAAUGUCAUGUAUUUAAAGUGAUUUCUUUCUUAAAAUACGACUUCCCCACCUAUCUCCAGAUUGGGUGACUUUUCUAGAGGUGGUGGGAGUAUCUUUUGGGGGUAUAGCCCUUGCGUGGGUCAAGUGGGCACGAUAGGUCACGGGAAGGUGGGCGUCAAGACAAGUUGUCACACUGCCACGUUGUUUUUGUACCUGAAAUAAAGCAUAUUUUGCACUUGUUACUGUACCGUUGUGCAGACGAGCAAUCUGUAUGUGGGAUCUGUGUUUGGGUCAGAAUGCAAAUAAAAAUCAU